AUGUCCGAACCCAGUCCCACUCCCCCUUCUUCCACGUCUACCGAAACCCACGAUACACUCACCCCCACUUCUCCUUUAUCAACAAACACUGCAAACUCCAAACACGCAGAACAUAUCAGGGAGCUACAAGCAGAGCUGACAGUCUUGAAAAUCGAAUUAGGUGAUCAUAAUCCGCAACAAAUCGUUCAAAAUCAUAUCAAAUUGUUACAUGAAUAUAACGAGAUCAAAGAUGGUACUCAAGCAUUGAUAGGUAAAUACGCUCAACUUACGGGUAGGACUGUCAGAGAGAUACACCAGGAGAUGGGACUACCUCUUACGGAUUAG